AUGCUGCAAAGUGCUGUCCACAAGCACGCGCAGAAACACGGCCAGCAGCAACGCGCAUCCCAAUCUAGUCUUGCUACAGUCCAGGGAGCAGCUUUCCAGAAACCGUCGUCUCAAUCCACGAACCCGGGAUAUCGAAACCCACUCCACCCGACAUCCGACUCUACAUUGAACGGCUUGAAGAGCGAUCAGCCAUACCCCAGCAGAGGAGGUGUAAAACGCACAGCGAGCGGGCUCGCCAAAGCAUUCGAUGGAUCAUUUGAAGACGCAACAGGAUCCCAGAACCAGUCCAUCAUGAUUGGUGCACGGUCGCCGUCCAAGAGCAAGGUGCCUCAGGUCACACAGACAGAUCUGUUUGAUGAGGAUGAUUUCGACAGUGAUAUUGAACUGGAUGUCGAGGAGCCUGUUCCGCAGAAGGCCGUGAGCUACCCGAAGCUGCCAGGACAAUCCUCGAAUUUCGCAGUCCCCACAAAGCCAACUGCGAACAGCACGGUGUCAUAUCCAGAACUACCGGGAACAGCACAGGCAAGCACCUACCGGCCUACCUAUCAAUCCCGAGAAGCUAGCACUGCCGCCGACUCUGGCUAUGGUACUGCAAAUCCACCGGCGUCGCAGCAAGCACCGGGAAGUAGUGCUCCGUUGCCCUGGUCGUCUUCGCCGGUCACGCAUUACAGCCCUAAAAGGCCCAUCCCCUCUCUCCAGCACUUUGCACUCGACCCCUACAGUUCGACACAUAUUGAGCAAGAUACCUCUCCUAGACCAGGGCCGGCGAAGCGGAGGACGAUCCCCUGGAUGGAUAAGAACUCGGAAGAUGACGCCUCCGAACCGGCAGCAUCUUCGACCUCCACCGCCAGGACCACGUCAGCCUCCACCGCACGAAGUAUGGCGACUCCGAGAGACAGGACCAAAAAGGACAAGCCCAGCCACCUUUGGAAUACUACUGCUAGCGCGGUGAAGGAGCAGCAAAAGAAACAUCGCGAGGAGGCAAGGAAGGUUCGCAACCAGGAAGGUACCGAGGAGUCGCUCCGCAAAGCCAAAGGCACGCACAAGCGCCCAGCGAGGGUCUUCCUGAGUGAGGAGCAGCAACAUGUUCUGGAGUUGGUGAUUGAGAAGAAAAAGAGCGUCUUCUUCACGGGUUCCGCUGGUACAGGCAAGUCGGUGCUCAUGCGCGAGAUCAUUGCCUCUCUGCGGAAGAAGUACUCGAGAGAACCCGAUCGGGUGGCGGUGACUGCGUCCACUGGCCUCGCUGCAUGUAACGUUGGGGGCGUGACAGUGCAUAGCUUUGCGGGUAUUGGCCUUGGCAAGGAGGAAGUGCCGGAGCUAGUGAAGAAGAUCAAGAGAAACCAGAAAGCGAAGCAUCGCUGGAUGCGAACCAAGGUGUUGGUUGUUGACGAGGUAUCUAUGGUGGAUGGUGACUUGUUCGACAAACUGGAAUCCAUCGCCCGCCAGAUCCGGAACAACGCACGGCCGUUUGGUGGCAUUCAACUUGUGAUUACCGGCGAUUUCUUCCAGCUACCACCCGUUCCCGAGAACAAUCGCGCCGCCAAGUUCGCCUUCGAUGCAGCGACUUGGACCACGAGUGUUGAGCACACAAUCGGUCUCCACCAUGUGUUCCGUCAGAAAGAUCCCGGUAGGUUCAGACGCAGUGCAAUGAGAGAUUUUUCGCAACUGACAUAGUGGCAGUAUUUGCGGGCAUGCUCAAUGAAAUGCGCGAAGGCCGCCUAUCGCAGUCUUCCAUCAACGUGUUCAAAACCCUCAACCGCGAUCUGAACUUUGAGGAUUCGCUGGACGCUACUGAGCUCUUCCCCACGCGGCAGGAAGUCGACCGAGCGAACAGUCAACGUCUCGCUAUACUCCAAGGCGACACUUUACCAUUCCCCGCAAGAGACGGUGGCUCGAUCACGGACAAGGCCAUGCGCGACAAGCUUUUAUCGAAUUGUCUUGCACCUGAGUUGAUCACGCUCAAGAAGGGCGCUCAGGUUAUGUUGAUCAAGAACAUUGACGAAACACUUGUCAACGGCUCCCUGGGCCGCGUGAUAGGAUUCAUGGACGAGCGCAAAUUCGACAGCUACAACAACAACGAAGCGGCAUUCUCCCAGUCGCCAGGAGGGACCAUCGAAAGCGAAGAGGGCGGUGGGAGCAAGCUGCGACUGAUGGCCGGUGUUUCGACGUCUAUGCAGUGGCCCUUGGUGCGGUUCGCGAUCGCGGAUGGCACAUGGCGAGACCUGCUGUGUGAACCGGAGACGUGGAAGGUUGAGCUUCCGAACGGCGAAGUGCAAGCAUCGCGCGUGCAGGUGCCUCUGAUCUUGGCGUGGGCGCUCUCGAUCCACAAAGCCCAGGGACAGACGCUGGAGCGGGUCAAAGUUGACCUGGGCAAGGUGUUUGAAAAGGGGCAGGCGUACGUUGCGCUGAGUCGUGCCACGAGCAUGGCGGGAUUGCAAGUGCUGCGCUUCGACCCGAGGAAGGUCAACGCACAUGAGCGCGUGAGGACGUUCUACUCGCAGCUGGCACGCGUGGAGCUUGCGGAGAAGAACAAGGAACGGAUGGAGAAGAUUGACAAGCCCCAGACGACGACUACUGCUGAUGACUACGAGAAGCGCUUCAUUGAGGGCGACGUUGGUUGGGGCGAGAUGUGA